AAUAUAUAUCAUUACAAUACUAUUACAACAAUACCAAUAAUAAUAAAUAUUAAACUAUAAAAGAAAUAAAUGAAUAAAUAAAAACAAUAAUAAAUUAAUAUAGUUAGUAAAGAAAAAGCAAUCAUUAAAUGGAAUUUUUAAAUUAUAAAAUUAAUGUUAAAAAUAAAAAUAUUACAGUGCCAAAUUCAGAAGUAAAAAAUUUUCUUAAAUUUAAUCCAAGGGGUAUAGCAGUUGCAACAAGAGAGAACUUAUAUGCAUCAAUCAAAAAGGUAGACUAUGAUAUAUAUCAACUUGCAACUGCGAUCAGAAAGAAAGGUAAAGAUGCAGACGAUGAAUCUCCCCUAUUUGGGUACUAUGGGUUCACUAUAGAGUGUUUAUUGGCGGUUUUAAAUGUUUUAAAAGAGAAAAUAACAUUCAGAGAGUUUUCAAAAUUAAAUAAAAAUCAACCAAAUUUAGUAACAUCGAUAGAUAAAAUUAAAAAUGAAAUUUUUACAAGCCAAUUAUUUGACGAGCUUUUAAAGAUUUAUACUCUUUGGUAUUUACCCUAUGAGGAUACAAGUUUUCUCAAGUUUCUUAGUUGUUUUAGUCCAUUAGUUAGCAAGAAUGCUUUGGAUAAUGUAGCAUCAUCAUUUCACUUAAAUCAAAAAACAGAGACAAUAUAUAGUUUAAAGUUUUUGGAUGCACUUUUAGAAGGAAAUAUUUCACUCUACAACGAUAUUACAGAUUUAAAAGUUUUAAAAUUAACUGAAAGAAACAAAAAUGGCCAACUCACUUUUAUUCAUUCUCUAUAUUACGAUAAUGUUGAAGAAUUCAAACUAUUAUUUAAAAACAAAUACAUAGAUAUCAGUAAUAUUGAUAACAGCAAUAAUAAUAAUAAUAAUAAUAAUAAUAAUAUUGAUAAUGAUGAUAGAUAUUUAACAACAGAAGAGUUUUGGUAUUUAGUUUGUAUCCAUGAUUCUUUACAAAUUUUCAAAAUUUUAACACAAGAAUAUAAUAUAUUUGGCGAAAAUAAAUCAACAAAUAAUGGUAUAUAUAAAGAGAAAAUUAAUAUCAAUAUCAACACAAAGAAAUUAUUUUCAAUUGCUUCCUCAACAUUUUCAAAAUCAAUAUGUGAAUAUAUGAUUGAAAUCAAUCCAGAUUUAUUUUAUAAACAAGAUUCUGCUGCCAAUGGUAUCCAAAUAGAUGAACUUAUAGAGCCACUACCAAAAUUCAAUAUUAUGUCAUUUGAGACAGUUUAUCCCAAUCCAAAUUUAACAAGAGAUAGGGUCACAGAUUUUUUCAAAUUUUUAACAAACCAAAAUAUAUUUUUAGAUCUUAAGCUUUCAACUCCGAUGGAUAAAUUAAAAUUAUCAGCAAUUCAUCGAAUGGAAACAUCUUAUAUAGGCACUUCAUCGUCAUUACCUAUAGAGCCACCUACCAUAUCAUCACCACCUUUAUCAACAUCACCUACAGAUUCCGUUAGUAAUAUAGAUAUAAACAUUGAUGCUCUUGGAACCACAGAUGACGAAGAAGUACCUAAAAAAUCAACCAUUGUUCAAUUUAAUUCAAAAUUUAAAAGAGAUAAUCUUCUAUCAUGUAUAAUAUCAACACUCGAUGAAAAAAUAUCUCAAUCAUUUAUAGAAUUUGUAAAGAAAAUCUCAAAAUCGGCAUAUAUUAAAAGUGAAUAUUUACACGAAGACGAUUUGUUUCUUUAUAUAUAUCUUUUUCCUGGUCAUCCAGCUAUGCUCCACUUGGUGUAUGACGUCAAAUCGAGAUUAGUUUAUAGAGGAGUUCCACUAAUCUUUUUUGCCAAUGACCUUUCAAUGCUCUCAGGAUGUGUAAACUUAACAAAAUCGGAGCAAUUUACAACAAUAUGCUUCAAUAGUUAUUUAAACGUGUUAAAAAGGUAUGGUCUAGAGGGGGAUUUAGAUAUUCCACCACUGGUACAGAAAACACCAGAGUUUACAACCAGGCAAUUUACAGUUUUAGAAUUUUUCAAGGUGAGGGAUCAGGUUAUAGUGGACCCUUCAAGAAGAGUUAUUGAAUCAAUACCAGAUAUUUGUUUGAAUUCAAAUAAUAAAAUAUUAGAGUCAGAAGAAAUUGCUGAAGCUUUAACCCGUAUAAUGGCACUAGAUAAUAUAGACUCUUUAAAAUCUGAAAUCAACGAUAAAAAACUUGAACAUUUAAGGUUAAAAGAGGAAUUAAUAGAACAAGACAAACUUCAUCGCCGUUUAAAAGAAGAAGAGUUAUUAAAACAAUUAGAAGAAGAAAAGAAAAAAGAAAAAGAAAAAGAAAAAUUAAAAAAACAAAAAGAAAAACAAUUAAAAAAACAGCAACAACAACAAAAAGAAUUAAAGCAACAAAAAGAACAAGAGUUAAAACAAAUAGAAUUAGAAAAGCAGUUAAAACUAAAAGAGCAACAAAAGGAAAAAGAAAAAAAAGAAAAGGAACAAAAGGAAAGAGAAAAAAAAGAGGAAGAACUGCAGCAACAGCAAAAGCAACAACUACAGCAACAACAGCAACAACAGCAACAACAACAACAACAACAAAAGCAAAAACCUCAACAAACCAAAAAAGAAAAUGUUAAAAUUGAAAAGCAAGUCGAAACAAAAUUAACUAUAAAUAAAGAACCACUUAAAUCUCCCACUCAAAGCGUAAAACAAACUACUACUUCGACUCAAACACCAUCACCACCAAUAACAAUGAAAAAUGAAUAUAAUAUUAAAAUUGGUAAAUUUAGAUUCAAUAAAAAAGAAGAAAAUAUAUUGGGUAGGGGUAGUAAUGGUACAUUGGUUUUUAAAGGUUUAUGGAAUGAUAAAAUACCUGUUGCAAUCAAACAAAUGCAAAAAGCAUUCAAUCCAUUAAUCAGUAAAGAAAUUGAAAUUUUAAUAAAGCUAACAGAUAAGAACUGCUUAAAUUUAAUUAGAUAUAUUGAUCAAGAAGAAGAUGAAAGCUGCGUUUAUUUAGGGUUAACUCUAUGUGAAGGUUCGUUACAAGAGUUGUUUGACAAGAGACAAUUAGAACAAUUUAUAGGCUCUGAAUCAAGAUUGUUAGAGUUAAUCAAAGAUAUAAUCAAUGGUAUUGAAUUUCUUCACUCUCAAGAUAUUGUACACAAUGAUUUAAAUCCAAGAAAUAUUUUAAUUAAAGAUCAAAGGCUAGUAAUAUCAGACUUGGGUCUUAGUAAAAUGGAAGUUUCAACAUCAUAUUCAUUCUCAAUGCACACUCCUACUGGUCAAGAAGGUUACCAUCCCGCAGAGGUAUUAAUGGAAAAACGUAAAACCAAAGCAGUCGAUGUCUUUUCAUUAGGUUGUAUACUUUAUUUUAUUAUGACCAAUGGACAGCAUCCUUUUGGUGAUCAAUUCUUUAGAAUUGCUAAUAUUAUUACCGAUCGUCCAAAUCUUUCAUCAUUAGCAACAGUUAACCCCUUGGCAGCAGAUUUAAUUGGCCAUUUAAUCACCAAGAAUGAAAAAGAGAGACCCACUAUAUCAUCAAUUCCAAAUCAUCCGCUAUUUUGGAACCAUUUCAAAAAGAUUGCAUUUAUUGAUGCAAUUUUAAACCUCACUAAGGAUUCAUCUAUUUUCACACCAAAAUUUAAUAAGCAACUAAAUGAAAUUGAUGAAUUAAACUUUGUAAAUAUUAACCAACCAAAUAAUAAUAUGUAUUAUUAUAAUGUAAAUAGUCAAAACAACACCUCACAAAUAUAUAAUAAUAAUCAUUUAAUUAAUAAUACCAACAAUAAUAAUAAUAAUAAUAAUAUCAAUAGUAAUAAUAAUCUCCCACCAUUUUUACCAAAAACAUGGAAUCAAUUAAUUGACUCUAUAUUAUUAGAUCACAUUACAAAUAAACAAAAUCAAAUAAUGCAAGAAACUGGUAAAAAAAUCUUUAUCUACCAAUACGAUCAAGUUAAAGAUUUAGUACGUUGUAUUAGAAACACAAUUCAGCACCAUAAAGAGAUAUCAAAACAAAUUUUACAAUCUUCAAAAGGUACAAUCAUAGGCAGAGAAGUUUUAGAAUGUUUAAAUAAUCAAGAAUCUGUAUUGAACUAUUUCGAGUCUAAAAUUCCAAAUCUAAUCUAUCAUCUUUACCAGAAAAUUAAAUCUCACAUAGACUAUAAAUCAAUUAAUUAUUUGAAUGAAUUUUUUAUUAUUUAA